GGCCAGGCCAGGAGCCCCGAGGUGGGAGGCGCCUGAGCACUUGUAGCGCCCGGAACGGAGCUGAGCGAAGGCUGCCACCCACUUGGGCCAUUCCGCAGCGGCUGCAGGGGCUCCCGGGCCGAGCGCGGCCAUGCGGGCAGCGGCGGGGGUCGCGCGUACGGCGGCGCUGGCGCUGGCGCUGCUGCUGGGGGCCCUGCACCGUGCUCCCGCGCGCGGCGAGGAGUACGACUACUACGGCUGGCAGGCCGAGCCGCUGCACGGCCGCUUCUACUCCAAGCCGCCUCAGUGCCUCGACAUCCCCGCCGACCUGCCGCUCUGCCACACAGUGGGCUACAAGCGUAUGCGACUGCCCAACCUGCUGGAGCACGAGAGCCUAGCCGAGGUGAAGCAGCAGGCGAGCAGCUGGCUGCCGCUGCUGGCCAAGCGCUGCCACUCGGACACGCAGGUCUUCCUCUGCUCGCUCUUCGCGCCCGUGUGCCUCGACCGGCCCAUCUACCCCUGCCGCUCUCUGUGCGAGGCCGUGCGCGCCGGCUGCGCGCCGCUCAUGGAGGCCUACGGCUUCCCCUGGCCCGAGAUGCUGCACUGCCACAAGUUCCCUCUGGAUAACGACCUCUGCAUCGCUGUGCAGUUCGGGCACUUGCCCGCCACCGCGCCUCCAGUGACCAAGAUCUGCGCCCAGUGUGAGAUGGAGCACAGCGCCGAUGGCCUCAUGGAGCAGAUGUGCUCCAGUGACUUUGUGAUCAAAAUGCGCAUUAAGGAGAUCAAGAUAGAGAACGGAGACCGGAAGUUGAUAGGAGCCCAGAAGAAGAAGAAAUUGCUCAAGCCAGGUCCCUUGAAGCGCAAAGACACCAAGAAGCUGGUACUGCAUAUGAAGAACGGUGCAGGCUGCCCCUGCCCACAGCUGGACAGCCUGGCAGGCAGCUUCUUAGUCAUGGGCCGCAAGGUGGAUGGACAGCUGCUGCUCAUGGCUGUCUACCGCUGGGACAAGAAGAAUAAGGAGAUGAAGUUCGCAGUCAAAUUCAUGUUCUCCUACCCCUGCUCCCUCUACUAUCCCUUCUUCUACGGGGCCUCAGAGUCCCACUGAAGAACACUCCUCCCUACCCCGCCCAGCCAGUGUGCCUUGCCCUCUGCCCCUGCCCACCUGGCCUUGUGCCCAUUCCUGGGCUGACCCAGUCCCUGGCAGAAGGUGGCUUCCUACAGAGCUAUUAGUGACCAAAGCCCCAGGGAUGGGCCCAGGGGAGCGUGGAAGGCAGCCUGAGGAGGGCCUUCCCAAGGGCACAGUGGGGUUGGCUUUGCUGGGGGGGAGGGUGCCUUACAGAGGGGUCUUGGUGUUGGGCUCAGCCACUUGAGGGACAGUUCUCCCCGCUGCCCCUUUUGUGCCCUCUAAACAAAGGACUUAGGGUCACCUUGCCCCCCAGCCAUACCUCCUGCAUUCACAUCUCUCCGAGUCCUCUACCCCAGGCCUCCAGCCCAGCCUCCCCUCCAAGGGCUGCUUCUUGGGGCUCCUUCCUCAGCUGGUGCAUCUCCCUUUUCCCCAACAGUGCUAAAUUAUUACUACUGCAGUGAAGCCAUGGGUUCUAGAUGACAGAUACAAGCAGGGCUUGGUUUUUUUCACUUUUUAAAAAGUUUUUAAUUAAAGAAAAUAAGUUGGUUUGGA